CAGAUUGAAAGACUGCAGCUCAGUAAGAUCACUCCGCCUAAUUGACCCUGGAGAGGGAGCCGCUGCACCUGCCUUCACGCUUCUUCUCCCUCCGCCUCCACUGGACUCAUCAUCUCCUCCCACAGAGUGGAGCAGCUGCAGCAUCUCGAGCUGUAUGUCUGUGACGGCUGCUCAGCGCCGGCGAGGAUAUUUUACCGAUGCUCCUCAGCUAACGUAACGAUUGUCAUACAACUGCUUGAGACACCAACUGAAGCAAUGGGAGCAUUUGGAGUGAUGAUACGGAUUUUACAAUACGUGGGACUUUAUUUUCAACUUAACGCAGCUCUCAACGUCAAACAAGGAGAGGUGGAUAAUGGCAUCUCUGGAAAUGCUCUCUUUACAGAGGUGCCGCAUGACAUCACAACAAAAAGCGGUGAGGAUGUAGAGAUGGCAUGCUCCUUCCGUGGGGCGGGGUCUCCUUCCUACUCCCUGGAGAUCCAGUGGUGGUACAUCAAGGACCACAGAGGCCGGCAAGAGAAGCCUGCUUGGAUCACUAAUAAUGUUGCACCCCUGGAGGAAAAUUCCAAAGACGCCUCCAAAAUUAGUGUGGUAAAAGUAGCCGGCAGCAACAUCUCCCACAAGCUCCGUCUCUCCAGCGUCAAGCCGUCAGACGCGGGCACGUACGAGUGUCGCGUCAUUGACUUCAGCGUCACGGUGGCGCAGCAACACCGAGUCCGCGCGUACCUUCGGGUGGAGCCAGAGGGGAGGAGUCAGGGACGUGAGGACUUGAAGCUGCAGGAGGCAGGACAGCGUUCACGGGGGAACCAUCCCCACACCCGUCACCAGACGCAGGGCGAGGAACUGAAGAGGCGAUCAGCCAGUAGCGCCUCGGUUUGUAAUGAGAGCUGCGUGCUGUAGAGCGGCCGGUCUGUCUGCGUGUUCAUGAUGCCUCAGAGAGGAGGCGUCGGACAUAACUGUGCGCUUUGUGUCUCACUAGUAAAUCUAUAUGUGUAUCUAAUAUUGUUUUUUGGAUGCCAGUGCCACUGAGAGGCACAAUAUUUGAUUUUCUUCUUGUUGCUUUUUUGUUGUUGUCCUUGUACAUUAUAGCUUUAGCUAAUUUGCAUAUGAAGUCAAUUUUGAGUUGGGUUAUAGUUAGGCAGCAAUCGGAUACCUUUGUGUUGGUGUUUUUUUUUUUUGUCAGAGCAUUUUUCAAUGACCCAAACUUAUUCUCAGUUAAAAAAAACAGACAGACUUAUUAGAGAUGGAGAAACACAAUAAACCAUUUUCUGCAAUGAACUCCUUUUAUUGUUUUACCAAAUUUGCAAAAAGCGGCAGUUUGUUUUAUUUUAAAACAUUUUAAAAUUGCAUUUCAAUAAUGUCAUUUAUUUAAACAUAACAGCAUACUGUAGUGUUAUCGUUCUUUUGACUGUGUUGUAUUGCUGUUUGGGAUCUGAUCUGUCCAAUACAUCCCUUUGAAACGACUGGUCUUUUUUAUAUUGUGGUAUGCAGUAUUGUAUUACAUUAUAAACAAGUUUUUGUAGAUU